UCCGAAUCAAGAGAAAGGAAGAAAUCUGUCGAAAAUAAUAGGCGGAGAUCACAUAGUAGGACACGAAGGCCAAAAUCAAGAUCCAGAUCAGGAUCGAGAAAUAGGAACGUUAUCAUCCAUAAUGUCAGAGAUAGGUCGAGAAGCCGGACUAGAUCCCCUAGAAGGCGAUCACCGUCACGGUCAAGGUCAAGAUCAAGAUCAAGGUCAAGAUCUAGGCGACGAAAGUCCAGAUCGAGAUCGCGAGACGUACAUGUCGUCAUGGCACAGAGCCAUUCGAGAGGUAGAAAAAGUCGGUCUCGAUCACCUGACAGACACAGGAGUCACUCUAGAGGGUCGUUCUAAAAAGAGACAAAAUUACAAAAGUCUGUCAAGGUCACGAUCACGAAAGAGGUCGCAUUCACGAUCAAAAGUAGUGGUAGUUGCUGCACCAACGGAACGAUCAAGGCCGAGAUCUCGAUCAAGGUCUCGUAAACGUAGAUCAAAGAGCAGGUCUAGGUCUAAGAGCAGGCAUCACAAAUCUCAUUCAAGACAACGUAGGAAGUCUCAGUCACGUUCAAGAUCAAGGUCUCGGAGUUUGAGCGUUACGGUGGUGGCAGGUUCGUCAAGAAGAAAUCGAUCUCGUUCGAGGACGCCAGAGAAAAAACGAAGAAAGAGCCCAACACCGACCCGAUCUAGUAGACGAUCUAGUCCGAAGAAAAGUAGAUCUCGAACUCCAGAAAGACAUUCCAAAAAAUCAAGUAGGCGGUCAAGCCCAAAGAAGAGUAGAUCUCCAACUCCAGAUCGACAUUCAAAGAAAUCGAGUAGAAGAUCGAGCCCAAGGAAAACCAGAUCUCCAACUCCCGAACGACAUUCUAAAAAGUCGAGCAGAAGAUCAAGUCCAAAGAGAAGUCGAUCUCCAUCACCUGAACGAAAGUCAUCGAAACCUCCUCCAGCUGCACAGCCAAAUAAAAGACGGUCGCCAGAUAUAGCAGUGUCAGUAGCAACGGCAGCUGCUGCAUCUGCUAACAAUCGGUCGCCUGAACGAGAAUCAAGAAAAUCAAGCAGGAGGUCAAGUCCCAAAAAGAGAUCGCCAUCACCAGCGGAUUCUCCAGAUCCCAGACGCUCGUCUCCGAAAAAAAGUCCAAAAAAGAGUAAAACGCCAGAACGUUCUGCAGCACCACCGGCAGCGAAGCCUGAUAAAGCCGGUUCUCCUCUUGGUCCGGUGAAAGCGGCUGUUGCUGCUGCUGCAGAAGCGGCACCUUCUCAGUCCCGCCCUCCAUCAAAACGUCCACCAUCGGACAAAACGAACGAGGAAUUACCAGAAUCUUUAUCAGGGAAAUCCCCAAGCGAUGUAGGUUCACCUCCUCCUGCGACAAAUAUGCGACAGACCCCCAAACCAAAGAAAGAGAAAGCACCACCUAAAAAAUCCAAAGAUAAGGAGGACAUGGAAAAUAUGAUUGCACAGCUUGACAAAUUAACGGACUUUAACCUUAAAAACCUCGCUGGGAACGGUGGAGAUGAGGCGGAACCGGAAGUAGACAAGAAAUAUCUUGACAAGAUGAACGACCCAGACUUUCAGAAAAAUCUUAACGCCUUUCUAUCAUCGUAAGUUAAUGAGAUAGUGUGUUAUCUUAUGAUAAGAGUGUGACGAUCUUGGACGUAGUAAUUAUAUUGGCGAAGCUUCAGUGUUACAGAUAUUCGACUCCGCUAGCAACGCUAAAUGGUGAACAAUGAAAUGCCCUUAGUAUCUUGCAAAUCAUGCACUAGUUGUCGAUUACUGAGCGUAUCAAUAUGCAGAGGUGGGUUGAGGAUGAUUAAUUUUUUGUUCUAUAACUACAGCGGGCUCCCGCUGUUGUGAGGCAUUAGGACAUUUACGUUCUAGAUUAGAACGCUGACGUCACGUCGCUGUGAUUAUAUGGAAAUAUAUAUAGAGAAAGUAAUUGACAAGGCGUUACAUUGGAUUGUCAAUUACUAUUUUGUGAUAUACAUUACUUGCAUUCUGUCACAUUGAUAUAUAUGAUUUUCGCUGCAAUGUCAAAAACAUUUAAAUUUUGUAUAUGUGUGAAUGGAACAAGUAUCUAAAGAAUGUGAUGAUAAUCGUGAUGAUGCUAGGAAAGUUGCGUCAAAAUUCUACUUUGUCUUUUUUAUAUGAAACAUUUUUUGUUUCUCUAAUUUGUUCUGUAAUAGGUCAUAAAUGUUGGUGAAUAUUACAGACUAGGUUAGACAUUAUAGAUUUUGGUUAGAGAUUGUGUCGUGAUAAGUCUAUAAUUAUAUAAAUAUCACCAGUGUAUUUAUAAAAAACACUAGUGGAUAAUUUAUUACUAGCUGUGAAUAAAUAUGUCUAAUAUUCGUAUAAAUAUUCCCUACUGGCCCCAGUUCAUCACCGUUCCUUAUCCUUAGUAAAAAUUCCUUAACUUAAAAGUUUCCAUAGGAAAACAUUGAAUCUAAGAGGAAAAUCUUAGUAACGGAACUUUUCUUGAUUCUGUAAUGCACUCCUAUGGAAAUAUAACUUAAGUAAUGUUCUAAACUUGGAAAUAUCGAUAAAACUGGUGCAAGAUCAGAUUUCUAGUCUAGACUAGGUUAUAGUGUCACAAAAUCGUAGUAUUACAACGAUGACGUCAUGAUGGCGGUCAUGUCCUGUGAUAUGUAUCUAGCUGAUUGGAAUUAGUAACAUGUGUUAUUUAUUGGUGACCUUGUAUGUAAACUUGUAUGUGAUGUACUCGUUUGAUGAAUCCUGCUAACAUAAUAUAACAUUGUUCAGUAGUAUGUACGGAAUGUAUUAUUUUGUGUAGAUGUAGUUUGUAUUAGUACGUUGUUUUGAAAUAGAAAAAAAAAACAAAUUUGUGUGCAAUUUAAUGAGUAAUCUCAAAUGUAUUUAAAUACUGUAAUAUAUAUUUAUUUCUAUAAGAUAAACUUGAGUGGUACGUUUGACA